UUCUGCUCCAAAAAGAAAUUUUUUUCAACUCUCCAAACUAUGUUAUAGGUGCAUUGAACCAUCUCUGGAAUACCCUCUGUGAAUUACUCUCCCUUCAGUGUCUCGGAGAAUGAGCUCUUCUCCUCUAGUUGGUGUAUACUCUGCCUAUGUAUUUAUUUAUUUUAUUGCAGAUAUAUGUGUCCAAAUUUAAUAUUUUGCAGUGUAGUAUUUGAUAAAUUGUAUCACACUGUAAUUUUGCUUUUUCUUUCAACUUUAUUUGUUGAAUUUUUCCAAUAAAUUGAUAUAUGAUUUAUUUACAUAUCCAUUUUCCUGUAGAUGAAUAUAUAGACAUUCCUCCUGUAUUUCAUGGUUCAUAAUAGUGUUGUGUUUUUGUUUUUUAAUGUGUUGCAACGUGCAUCCUUGUAUAGUCUCCCAGGGCAUACUCCUUGAAGUAAAAGUGCUAAGUAGAAGUGGAAUUUUAUGAGAUAUUACCAAACUCUUCCCCAAAAGUCUUGCAUUAAUUUGGUCUCUCACGUUCAUUUUCCCUUUUUCAUUUAUUUAUUCAUUUGACAGAUAUGAAUGAGUUAGAACUGUGUCAGGCAAAGAGCUAAUGUUAGAGAAUAAUAGAGAACAAAAUAGACACGUUUUGCCUUCCUAGUGUAGGAAAAUAAACCAGUAAAGAGUAAAUAAGAAUAUAUAUAAAUAUAUAUACAUACAUAUAUAGUAUGUUAGAUGAUAUAUGUUAUUGUAAUAAAAUAAAACAAUGGAGGCAGGUAAAUAAUAGGGAUAUAUGGUCCUGCAAUAUUAAAUGCAAUGGCGGAUCAGUCAGAAUGGCUCACGUUAGGUUACGCUGCUGCGCAAAAAUAAAUAACCCAGUGUUUAUUUCUUGACCACCUUGUGCAUCUGGCAGGGGGUACUGGAGCUCUGCUCACCCAAAUCUCUUUGGGACCAUGGAUAAUGAAGCACUUUGUUGCCUAUUUUGUCAUUUAUUUUCCAAAAUUUGUUUGUGUUUAUUGUUACAGAUGAACUUAAUAAACUGUUAAUUGAAGUAUAAUAUAUAAGCAGACUUUCUGAGUUUGGGAUCAAAUUAUGACGAAAGUAGAUACACAAUUAGGAAGCAGUCUUACAGUAACCAUGUUUUCCAUGUGAAUGUAAAGUGGGCUUUUCAAUCUUCCAGUUGGCAUGAAGAAGGGACUUGAACUGCAGAUAUAACCCUCCCUUAAAUAGUUAAUAUUGUUGAUAACACUGUAAAGCACCUAAAGCUAUCAUUGGAUGACAUAGGGUGGCACAGACAAAUAGGGUCCAAAUAUAAAAUAUGUUUGAGGGGAGGAGGGUUCUAAAUUGACUGUUAGUUCAAGUUCUGAUUAUAGUAGUUAUGUUCUGCAUGAUUCUGGCUUUCUGACAUUUAGGUGUAUUUUUACAAAGAAUGAGAGUUUUGUUCCUAAGUAUCAAAUAUGAAAAUAUGCUUUACAAACUGGAAAAAAUGAAACUGCUUAAAAAUGUAAAAUUUCCUCAUGACAAAGAUGGGGUUUGUGUUUUGAUAACUGCACCACCUAAUUGACAAUCAUAUUUGAUUCCCAUAUGUAUGUACCUUGAGUGGAAAGUUACUAUGUGACUGAGAAGAAAAAAAUGGAAAAACAACAGCUACAAAAAUGGUGGAUUAGGAGAGGAUUUUUAAAAAAGUGAGAGCUCCAGGGAAGAGUAUGGGGAAUGUGAACAACAAGAAAAAUCGAAAAAUUCUCUUUAGUUAAUCAAUGCUGUUUAUGCUUCCUCUAUAGUUUUCCAUAGUUGUAUUCAAAAGAAUGUAAGAAGGGGAACUUACCUCAAUUCCCUAACAUGAAGAAACGAAUGAUCUAAGCUUUGCUAACAUGUCAGAUGAAUUAAAACCAUGUCAUCUUUGCCUUAGAAUGGUGAAAGUAGUUGAUGGCUUCAACGUGUAGUUUGAUAAAGCAUAUUCUAGAUAGAAUAUUCAGGGUAUAGCUGGAAACUAUUUGCUGUAGAGAUUAGGAGUGUGAUUUUUCACUCCAAUUAACCAUCUCCCGGGGCGGGGGGAAUAUAUAUAUAUGUGAAAGAUUUAAAAAACAAUGUAACUUAUUCUUCUCUCCCAGGUGAAAACUGUAAGCUGAACCAUGUACUCGGGGAAUCAAACUUCAGAGAAUCAAACAUCAAGCACCUAUUUCAUCCUCAUGGGGCUCUUUGAUCAAACUAAAUGUGCAGUUUUCCUCUAUACCUUGACCUUUGUCCUUUUCUUGAUGGCCCUAACUGGGAAUGCCCUUCUCAUCCUCCUGAUCCACAGGGAGCCCUGCCUUCACACUCCCAUGUACUUCUUCAUCAGCCAGCUCUCCCUCAUAGACCUCAUGUACAUAUGUGCGACAGUCCCCAAGAUGCUCUUGGACCAGGUUACUGGAGAUAAUACAAUUUCCCACUUGGGUUGUGGGGUCCAGAUGUUCUCCUAUCUCACCCUCGCUGGAGCUGAGAUUUUUCUCCUAAGUGCCAUGGCCUAUGAUCGAUAUGCUGCCAUUUGCAGACCUCUCCAUUACCCACUGCUCAUGAACCAGAGAGUCUGCCAUCUCUUCAUGUCUGGAUGCUGGUUCCUGGGAAUGUUGGAUGGUUUGUUGCUCACUGCAAUGACCAUGAGCUUACCUUUUUGUCAGUUUAGAAAAAUCGUGAACUUUUUCUGUGAGGCCCCUGCCCUGCUGAAGCUCUCCUGCUCCAACACCCUCCUUUACGAGAUGGUCAUGUACCUGUGCUGUAUCCUCAUGCUCCUCGUCCCCAUCGUUAGUGUAUCUGGCUCAUAUGUUCUCAUCCUGCGCCUCAUCCACAGCAUAAAUUCAGCAGAGGGCCGCAGAAAGGCCUUUGCCACCUGCUCCUCCCACAUGGUGGUAGUGCUGCUCUUUUUUGGUGCUAGCAUAUACACCAAUAUGCUCCCCAGAUCCUACCACACAGGUGAGCAGGACAUGACGGUGUCUGCUUUUUACACCAUCAUCACCCCUGUGUUGAACCCGUUCAUUUACAGCCUCCGGAACAAAGAUGUCACAGGGGCCCUGAGGAACUUGAUGCUAUCAGGGAUGAGACCGAGGAAGUUUUAAUGUGAACACCUAGGAACCACCAUCUCCCAUUUCCCCGUCAUUUUCUCUCCUCCCAAUCUGUCCUCUCAUUCUUUCCCCUGCUUCCUGAGCCCCAACAUAAAGUCCUAUAAGAUACUCCCUCCCUCUCACU